AGUCUCGCGGUGUUUCCCGUGUUUGUUGCAGGAGAAGAAGAAUCGCGGAAGAGAGGAAAGGCUUCCUGACGGAUCACCGGGCUAAUCGGCUAACAAAGAUAACUUUACCCGUGAAAUCAUCCGUUUAAUCACGUUUACCGGUUAGAUAGACACCUGGACCCAAGCAUCAAGAUGACAGCCGCACCUUACAACUACUCGUACAUCUUCAAGUACAUCAUCAUCGGUGACAUGGGGGUGGGGAAGAGUUGUCUGCUGCAUCAGUUCACUGAGAAGAAAUUCAUGGCGGACUGUCCCCACACCAUCGGAGUGGAGUUCGGGACCAGGAUCAUGGAGGUCAACGGUCAGAAGGUCAAGCUGCAGAUUUGGGACACGGCCGGUCAGGAGCGCUUCAGGGCCGUCACCAGGUCGUACUACAGGGGGGCCGCCGGGGCCCUCAUGGUGUAUGACAUCACCAGGAGAAGUACCUACAACCACCUCAGCAGCUGGUUGACCGACGCAAGAAACCUGACCAACCCGAACACCGUGAUCAUCCUCAUCGGGAACAAGGCCGACCUGGAGGCUCAGAGGGACGUCACCUACGAGGAGGCCAAGCAGUUCGCUGAGGAGAACGGGUUACUGUUCCUAGAGGCCAGCGCCAAGACGGGGGAGAACGUGGAGGAGGCCUUCCUGGAAGCCGCCAAGAGGAUUUACCAGAACAUCCAGGAUGGAAGCCUGGACCUGAACGCGGCCGAGUCGGGGGUCCAGCACAAACCCUCCGCCCCGCAGGGGGGCCGCCUCAACCCCGACAGCCAGCCCCCCAAAGAGGGCUGCAGCUGCUAACCACAGAGCCCCCCCCCCCCCCCCCCCCCCCCCGAUGCAGACUGGGUUCACACCGACCUGUGAAGACCACCAGAUCAGGAAAACCACCACGAUUCCAGUAGCCACAAAGACGUGUGUGUGGACCAGUCCUGGACCAGCUCACUACACGACCCUUGACCCUUGAUCCUCCCCAAUAUCCAGAGCCCCCCCCCCCCCCCCCCCCCCUGACGGGUCCCACUUGAGGCUUUAAUGUGCACCAGUCUACAGGUUGGCUCUUAGUCCGGAGCCGGGACCCGGUCCAGGUCCCCAGAUGUGAGCGAACCACAUCAGGACCACAACCUGCAGACAGGUGAUCCGUCCCCCACUUCCUGUCCACCUGUAAGUCCAGAUAUCCUCUAAAGUCCAACGGUCCCUCCACUAAUGUCACAUCGUCCGUCUUAAUAUCCCUGUUACCUCCAAACAGAAGACUUCUGUCCCCUUGACCCUUGACCCCCCCAGUGACCCGGACCGAGGUCAAGGGCGUCCUUUUAUUAUCCUGAAUAGUUCUGCUCCAAACCCCUUUGUUGUUAAUCAUACAUUUAACACGAGUCCAAAUGGAGCCAUAAUUAUUGUGAACAUCUGGUCUCCUCACCUCGUCACUACGGCUGAAGACACAAAGAUCGCGAUGUCAUCUUUUUGAGGGGGCGGGGCUUCAGUGAUGAUUGAUGGACAGAAGCCGUAUUCCUCCUCCUCCUCCUCCUCCUCACUAAGGAGCACCGGCCUCUGUCUGCUCUUCAUCAGCUACUAAAGUGGUCGUGACCCAAAGGAACGAGCGAGUUCCUCCACACAAACAUCAACUUUCAGCUCUUUUUUAAACUUCUGAUGAAUCAACCAAGCGUCGUUUUUAAAGGAGUGUUUGUAACUCGAAGCGAUCCGCUAUGAAAUAAUCAUGAACUUCGUCAGUAAAUUAACGCUUUGAACAUUUCAUUCUUUUCCUUCAGUAACGUCUGAUGAUUUUCUUCUGUCUGCUAAAGUAAAAAAAAAAAAAACCUGCUUCUUAUGAGUAUUUAUAUUCUAAAUCUGUGAUGAUUCUCUGGCUGAAGCCCGGAGAGGUUCAGCCAUUUGUAAAUAAAGUAUAUAUAUAAAGACGUGA